CGCUCCUCCAGACAGCUCACCUCUCUUCCUGAGGACAUUCCAGAAAAUUCAAAGCUUAACUUGUCCAACAACAGCUUAAAGGCUUUGGUGAGGCAGCAGUUUUCCAGCCUGGUGCAAUUACGAGAGUUGGAUCUCAGUGAAAACAUGCUGACGGUGUUUGAGGUCGAAGCUUUCCUUGGCCUGCUAAAUCUUCUCAUGCUAAGACUUUCUCGUAACCAUCUAAAGAUUAUUCCAGUUGGAGCUUUUGGCCUGGCAAACAUCCAUCUGGUGGACGUCAGUGAGAACAAGAUCUUGGUGUUCCUGGAUGACACGUUUGAAGAAAUGUCUUCUCUGCAACUGGAUGCCAGCAAGAACGAUCUGGUGUUCAUCUUGAGGCAUGGGUACGCAGGUCUGAUGAAUCUGCAGGAGUUCAACUUUAACAGGUGGAACCUGACAUCGCCGUCUCUACUCAUCGGCCUCUCGCAGUUGCAUUUCUCAGUCUCUGCACUCUGCCUGAUAUUCAUUUCACGUGCUGAGCGUUUGCAAGAGCUCAGUGUGUCUCACUGUCGCUCGCUAGCCAUCGACAGCCUCACUGGACUCUAUCUCACCCUUAGCCACUGUUACCUGAUCUCCGUAUCGGAUUCUUUACUGCGUCAUCUGGUGUAUUUGUGUUAUCUAAAUCUGUCCAACAGCCCCAUCACCAGCGUUCAGUCCAACCUGCUGAAAGAUUUGUUACCAUUACAGGAGCUGCACUUGAUGAGUUGAAGUCUGCUGAAGGUGGAUCCGUGUGCGUUACACGGUCUUGCUUCUCUCCGCUUUCUCAACGUGUCAGGUAAUCGCUUCGAGUGGGCAGCAUUCCAGUCUGUAGAUACACUGUAGGUACUGAGAUUGAAUGAGAAUCCUGACUGUUAUCUUCUCUGGGUGACGCUCCAACGUCUUUGCUUUGAAGGACAUUUGGCAUCCUGCGCUGCACACAUGCAGGUACGUGGCAGAAUGAUCAGUGACAUUACUGACGUGAAGCUUCCUAAGCCGUUUAUCUGUUGCCAAGCUCAAAUUCUCACACGCAAACCACAAGAUGUUCGUACGGACGAGAGGCAUACCGUCCUGUUCUUCUGCAAAGCAGAUGGAGACCCAGCACCUUUCAUCUUUUGACUGAAUCCAAAGCUAUUCAGAAACAGUUUAAGGAUUAACCCGAAACAGUUCCGGCUCGUUCUCUCUGGAGGUGUGGUGUGCUGCAUUUGGUGAAAACACUGGUGAUCUAAUUCACGAUGGGCUUCAAGAGGUAGAUUAAGGGUUUGAACUUUAUCAUUCUUGUUAAACACAAAAAUUUAAACCGUGAGCUCUGAUGUUAUGAAACUGCAGUGAACUGCAUGAUCAGACUUUAAUGUGAAUUAGAAUCUAAAGAGCAGUGAGACUGUAAUUGACGAAUUCAUGACACACUUGAGCUGUGAGUUUUUCUUUCAAAUUUAAGGCAGUUUGAUUGACAUUUCUCUUCAGCAUGUAUAUAUUUAUUUGUUUGUUUGUUGACAUACUUGAAAGUUUUGUAGUAAUUCCCCAGAAAAAUGUAAACGUUUUCAUAUUCACAAAAAGAAAGACAUUUUUGUUUAUUAAUCAUUGUCCAUAAAAUGAAGUUCAUAAUUACAAUAAUAAUAUUUGAAUAUAAUAAUAUCUUUAUAAUAAUCAUUAUAUUAUGAACAUUCAAAACAUCACUCUAUAUGUAGAGAUGCUCCACUCGAACAAAUCUCUUCUGCAUUCAAGAAUAUUUCCAUGGG